AUGCAAGGAAUGACUUUGAAAUCUCUCACUAAACACAAAGCUCUGAUCCCCCUAUACUUUUGUGUUGGACUGGGCUGUUCUGGUGCCGUGUUUUAUACAUUGAGACUGGCCACUAGAAAUCCUGAUGUACAGUGGAACCGCCAUGGUGAAAUCCCUAAUGAAGAAUUCAGAGCCAAGCAAUACAAGUUCUACUCCCCUAAUGUAGAUUACAGCAAAUUGGAGAGUCCUGCUCCAAAAUACUAG